AUGGAUGUGCGUCGCCUGAAGGUGAAUGAACUUCGCGAGGAGCUGCAGCGCCGCGGCCUGGACACUCGCGGCCUGAAGGCCGAGCUUGCUGAGCGGUUGCUGGCGGCGCUAGAGGCCGAGGAGCCCGAAGACGAACGGGAGCUUGAGGCUGACGACGAACCGGGGUUACCUGGGCACAACAACGAGGAGGUCGAGACCGAGGGGGGCUCCGAGCUGGAGGGGACCGCGCUGCCACCGCCGCCCGGGCUGCAGCCGCACCCGGAGCCCGGCGGCUACUCGGGGCCGGACGGACAUUAUGUCAUGGACAAUAUUACCAGACAGAACCAAUUCUAUGAGACACCUGUCAUCAAGCAAGAAAAUGAGUCAAGCUAUGAUAGGAGACCACUAGACAUGGAGCCACAGCAGCAAGCAUAUCGCCCAGAAUUGAAGACAGAAAUGAAGCAAGAAGCUCCACCUAGCUUCCUCCCCCCUGAUGCCUCGCAGCUCAAGACAGACCGACCACAAUUCCAGAAUCGAAAGAGGCCUUUUGAAGAGAAUCGAGGCCGUGGGUACUUCGAGCACCGAGAGGAUCGAAGGGGCCGUUCUCCUCAGCCUCCUGCUGAAGAGGAUGAAGAUGACUUUGAUGACACCCUUGUUGCCAUUGACACAUAUAACUGUGACCUGCACUUCAAAGUGGCCCGAGACCGGAGUAGUGGCUAUCCAUUGACGAUUGAGGGCUUUGCAUACCUGUGGUCAGGAGCCCGUGCCAGCUAUGGGGUCAGAAGGGGGCGUGUGUGUUUUGAAAUGAAGAUCAAUGAGGAAAUCUCUGUGAAGCACCUUCCAUCUACAGAGCCCGACCCCCACGUUGUCCGUAUUGGCUGGUCCUUGGACUCUUGCAGCACUCAGCUAGGUGAAGAGCCUUUUUCCUAUGGUUAUGGAGGCACAGGGAAGAAGUCUACCAAUAGCCGCUUUGAAAACUACGGAGACAAAUUUGCAGAGAACGAUGUGAUUGGCUGCUUUGCGGACUUUGAAUGUGGAAAUGAUGUGGAGCUUUCUUUUACCAAGAAUGGCAAGUGGAUGGGCAUUGCCUUCCGAAUUCAGAAAGAAGCCUUAGGGGGUCAGGCCCUCUACCCUCAUGUUCUGGUGAAGAAUUGUGCUGUGGAAUUUAACUUUGGGCAGAGAGCGGAGCCCUACUGUUCUAUUCUCCCAGGGUUCACAUUCAUCCAGCACCUUCCCCUCAGUGAGCGGAUACGGGGCACCAUUGGACCAAAGAGCAAAGCAGAGUGUGAGAUUCUGAUGAUGGUAGGCCUGCCUGCUGCCGGCAAGACCACGUGGGCCAUCAAACACGCAGCCUCCAACCCUUCCAAGAAAUACAACAUUCUGGGUACCAAUGCCAUCAUGGAUAAGAUGCGGGUGAUGGGCCUGCGUAGGCAGCGGAACUAUGCUGGCCGCUGGGAUGUCCUGAUCCAGCAGGCCACUCAGUGCCUCAACCGUCUUAUUCAGAUUGCUGCCCGCAAGAAACGAAACUAUAUCCUAGAUCAGACAAAUGUUUAUGGGUCAGCUCAGAGACGGAAAAUGAGACCAUUUGAAGGCUUCCAACGGAAAGCUAUUGUAAUCUGUCCAACUGAUGAGGACCUAAAAGACCGCACAGUAAAGCGAACUGACGAAGAAGGCAAAGAUGUCCCAGAUCAUGCAGUCUUAGAAAUGAAAGCCAACUUCACUUUGCCUGAUGUUGGGGACUUCCUAGAUGAGGUUCUGUUCAUUGAGCUCCAGCGAGAGGAAGCAGACAAGUUGGUGAGGCAAUACAAUGAGGAAGGCCGGAAGGCUGGCCCACCCCCUGAAAAGCGCUUUGACAACAGAGGUGGUGGCUUCCGAGGCCGUGGGGGUGGCGGCGGUUUCCAGCGUUACGACAACCGAGGCCCUCCUGGAGGCAACCGAGGAGGCUUCCAGAACCGGGGAGGUGGUAGUGGCAGUGGUGGUGGAGGAGGCAACUACCGAGGAGGUUUCAACCGCAGUGGAGGUGGUGGCUACAACCAAAACCGCUGGGGUAACAACAACCGGGAUAACAACAACUCCAACAACCGAGGCAGCUAUAACCGGGCUCCUCAGCAACAGCCGCCACCACAGCAACCACCGCCACCACAGCCGCCACCACAGCAACCACCGCCACCACCUAGCUAUAGCCCUGCUCGAAACCCUCCGGGAGCCAGCAGCUACAACAAAAACAGCGGCAUCCCUGGCUCCAGCGCCAGUACCAGCACCCCUACAGUGAGCAGCUACAGCCCUCCACAGCCAAGUUACAGCCAGCCGCCCUACAACCAAGGAGGCUACACCCAGGGCUACACAGCCCCACCACCUCCACCUCCACCACCACCUGCCUACAACUAUGGGAGCUAUGGCCCCUACAAUCCUACCCCCUAUACACCACCCCCACCCCCCACUGCCCAGACCUACCCUCAGCCGAGCUAUAACCAGUAUCAGCAGUACGCCCAGCAAUGGAGCCAGUACUAUCAGAACCAGAGCCAGUGGCCGCCAUACUACGGGAACUACGACUAUGGAGGCUACUCAGGCAGCACGCAGGGGGGCACAAGCACACAGUAGCAGGUGCUAGAGCCUUCAGAGGCUCUUGCCGGCUGCUUCUACUAGCACCCUUUUUUCCCCUCUUGAGUCCUGUGGUGCUGGGGACAGAGUUAUCCCAGGGCUGCCUCUCUCUAGCCCACUUCUUCCAGAGGGGCUUCUCUCUUCAUACAGGCCAGGCAUUUUUCUCUCUGGAUUCAAACAGGCAACAAUGACCUUUUCUUUUAUCUUUGCCCCUUCCACUUCCUCCUACCCCUGCCUUUUUAACUGAAGAAUCCUCUCCCUUGCUUACCCACUGAGGCCACAGUGACUGGGGAGGAUCCUUGCCUGUUGCCCCUUCCUACUCUGCUUUUUAGCCCCUUGGCUUCCCAGACUCUCACGCAGUUGGUUGUAAAUUCUUCCAGGAGCUGUUUUACUGUCUACUUUUCAGGAUUUAAAAAAAAAAAAAUUUCAAAAACUUAAAAAAAAA